AAGGAACCUCCCCGCCUGCGCCCCAAGGCACGCGUGGUACAACCAUGAACACCAACGAAGCCAAGGAGUAUCUGGCCCGGAGGGAAAUCCCUCAGCUUUUCGAGAGCCUUUUGAAUGGACUGAUGUGUUCUAAGCCAGAAGACCCAGUAGAAUAUUUGGAAAGUUGUUUACAGAAAGUGAAGGAACUAGGUGGCUGUGACAAGGUGAAGUGGGAUACAUUUGUCAGCCAGGAGAAGAAGAUCUUACCUCCACUAAAUGGAGGACAGUCACGAAGAUCCUUCCUAAGAAAUGUAAUGCCUGAAAAUUCAAACUUUCCAUAUCGGCGGUAUGAUCGACUCCCUCCAAUCCAUCAAUUCUCCAUAGAAAGUGACACGGAUCUCUCUGAGACUGCAGAGUUAAUUGAGGAGUAUGAGGUUUUUGAUCCUACCAGACCUCGUCCAAAAAUCAUUCUUGUCAUAGGUGGUCCAGGAAGUGGAAAGGGUACUCAGAGUUUGAAAAUUGCAGAACGAUAUGGAUUCCAGUACAUUUCAGUGGGAGAAUUAUUAAGAAAGAAGAUCCACAGCACCAGCAGUAAUAGGAAAUGGAGUCUCAUUGCCAAGAUAAUUACAAAUGGAGAAUUGGCCCCACAGGAAACAACUAUCACAGAGAUAAAACAAAAAUUGAUGCAAAUACCUGAUGAAGAGGGCAUUGUUAUUGAUGGAUUUCCAAGAGACGUUGCCCAGGCACUUUCUUUUGAGGACCAAAUCUGCACCCCUGACCUGGUGGUUUUCCUGGCUUGUGCCAACCAGAGGCUCAAGGAACGAUUACUGAAGCGUGCAGAACAACAGGGGCGUCCAGACGACAAUCUCAAAGCUACCCAAAGAAGACUAAUGAAUUUCAAGCAGAACGCAGCUCCGUUGGUUAAAUACUUCCAGGAGAAGGGGCUCAUCAUGACAUUUGAUGCUGACCGAGACGAGGAUGAGGUGUUCUAUGACAUCAGUAUGGCAGUUGACAGCAAAUUAUUUCCCAACAAAGAAAAUGCAGCAGGUUCAAGUGACUUUGAUCCUUCAAUGAUGUUGGACACUGGAGAGAUCAUUGAUACAGGAUCGGAUUAUGAAGAUCAGGGUGAUGACCAGUUAAAUGUAUUUGGAGAGGACACCAUGGGAGGCUUCAUAGAAGAUUUGAGGAAAUGUAAAAUUAUUUUCAUGAUGGGUGGCCCUGGCUCUGGCAAAGGCACACAGUGUGAAAAACUGGUGGAAAAAUACGGAUUCACACACCUCUCAACUGGUGAGCUCCUGCGUAAAGAACUGGCAUCAACCUCUGAAAGGAGCAAAUUGAUCAGAGACAUCAUGGAACGUGGCGACCUGGUGCCCUCGGGCAUCGUUCUGGAACUCCUAAAGGAGGCUAUGGUGGCCAGCCUCAGCAACACCAAGGGCUUCUUGAUUGACGGCUACCCUCGGGAAGUGAAGCAAGGGCAAGAGUUCGGACGCAGGAUCAGAGACCCACACUUGGUGAUCUGCAUGGACUGCUCGGCAGACACCAUGACCAACCGUCUGCUCCAAAGGAGCCAGAGCAGCCCGCACAUGGACAACGCCUCCAAGACCAUCGCCAAGCGUCUGGAAACCUACUACAGAGCCUCCAUUCCUGUGAUCGCCUACUAUGAGACGAAAACCCAGCUACGGAAGAUAAAUGCAGAAGGAACGCCAGAAGAAGUUUUUCUUCAGCUCUGCACAGCUAUUGACUCUAUUUUCUGAAGGCGAAAAAUGCAUGUAUGUUCAGAAUGGAGACAGGAAAACAUUAAAAGGUUCAUCUUUUAACAUGAUGUUGUUUCAAGUUAAGCCUUGUGUCCCCCCAAAUCGUGACAUCACUGUUUGCUUCCCAGCUAGAGUCGUGUGAGAGGUGUCUGGAAACCAUGCACGGUAUACUUGGGACCAUCAGCCUCUUCACACACACAGCUGCCCUUGCUCCAGCACACAUACCUAUCAUGUAGGCUGCACCUCAGGGCAAGGUCAGGUUGUGACAGUGCAGUGCAGGGACUUGUUUGAUCAGCUGGUUCUAGUCUCAUCAGAAAAGGAGCCAGCAUCCCUAACUCCCCAUCACAUCUUCCUCCUUCUCCCCAAAAUUUAUAUGCCGUUCCCUGAUGAAGGUCCUGAACAAGGAGGCAGGCGUGGGCACAUCUUCCUCUGGUAGCUGGCUGAUUCUUCACUUCCCAUCCACUAGUGGCUCAGAACCAGAGUGGGAUGAUUAGACAAUGCCAUGUACAGCAUAUAUAGAAGCAUCAAGAGAGUAAAAUUUGAUUGAAAUUUCUUAAAAUGUGAAAUUGUAUAGCUUUUCCAAGAUGGCAAAAACCCAGGCCAAGGGUAACCAAUGUUACCCAUCAGUAACACUGGUUAUUUUUUCUCUAUUUAGCUACUUGGAAUAUUUUCAAAAUGGCUAAGAGAACAAAUCUGAUCGCUGUGUAAUCUCAACUCCUCUGUACACAGUGGUGGUGCAUUUCAGCAAUUAUAAAUUAACAAUUUAAAAUUAUAAACUGACCAAAGUAAAAGCAUGGGAUGAUUUGUUAUUCGUUUCUUAGACAAAUAACCAUCUUAUAAUUUUGAUUCCAAGUUAUCAUCCACUUGCAGACAAGUAAAAAAUACAGUAACAAUAACAAAAACUGACAUGGGUGGGAGGAGCAUGUUAAUAAGCAGGUGUCUUACAGAUUCCAAUGUUGUAUUUGUUUCAUGUGGGCCCUUUCCUGGGGUUUGCAAACCUUGCAUCAAAUCAGUGAAGUUCAGGUUCUCUUUUGUGCGCAGUUGUCUAAUCAGAGCUUCUAUAUUCUACUGAAAUAACUGCAUCUUCCACUCAAUCACUACAAAAGACCAGAGUUUCAGUUUGCAUGAUUUUUUUUUCUUCAAUGGUUGUGCAAAUAAGGAUCCAUUUCGACAAAAUUGUAUUUUUAAAGUCAUUUUUUUCUUGAAAUGGAUGUGUACAAAUAAAAUAAAUGGAAGACAG